GUUAGAGAUGCUGAUCAAGGACAACGGCCUGCUCAGAAAACAAAUUAUUUGGACUGCACCAACUGAAGCUGAUUUGGCGAACUUUCCAAUUUUGUCUAUUGAUGAUCUUAAGAAGAUAACACUUGGGACCUUCCAGAUCCGAAUGGCUGACAGCUAUACAAAUCAGCAUCUCCAAGAAGAAGGUGAAUAUCGUCUUUUCAUUCACAAAGAAAACUCGUCCCUAUUUCGUGUAAAGCUACAAAGCCGAUUCAAUCGACGAGCGACCUAUCAGGUUUGGAUUCAGGUUGAUAUCGGAGAACAUGGACACAAAGCGAUCGACUCCUACUACUGCACAUGUAAAACGGGAUCCAGGACAUUGGGAUGUUGUUCGCAUGUUUGUAGUGUGUUGAAGUAUUGCGGAUAUGAUCGCCACCAACCACCAAGUACCCGGAGGAACCAUCGAGCCUAUUCCUUCCUCGACGCUGCCGUGGACAUUGCGGGGGAGGAGGACGACGAUGAAUAAUAAUGUGCAUUUUUAUUUAAAUUCUGUGUGGAGUGUUAA